CGCGCGUUGGGGGCGGCAGGCGGGAGCAGAGGCUGCCGGCGAUGGAGCCCCGUGUGGACAUGUCUUCCGAAGUCCUGAUUUUUAUGUCAGAGAACAGUACUGAUGAGCCAGGAUCUGGUGAUGACGGGGACUUCCAAGAGGUGUGUUUGGAGCAAAACAAUGCUGAUUUCAACCGGAUUUUCUUGCCAACAGUUUUCGCCAUCAUUUUCUUGAUGGGAAUUGUUGGCAAUGGCUUGGUCAUUGUUGUCAUGGGUUACCAAAAGAAGCUUAGGAGCAUGACUGACAAAUACAGGCUACACCUCUCCGUGGCGGAUCUUCUGUUUGUCGUCACUUUGCCCUUCUGGUCUGUGGAUGCUGUCAUCAGCUGGUACUUUGGAAACGCUUUGUGCAAAGUGGUCCAUAUCAUUUACACCAUUAACCUAUACAGCAGUGUCUUGAUCUUGGCCUUUAUAAGCCUAGACCGCUACCUGGCAAUUGUGCAUGCUACCAACAGCCAGAGACCUAGGAAGUUGUUGGCUGAGAGAAUUAUCUAUGUGGGUGUUUGGCUACCAGCUGUGCUUUUGACUGUGCCUGAUAUGAUCUUUGCAACAACUAAUGAUGACAGUGGGAAAUUCGUGUGUCAGCGAUUUUACCCUCAUAAUGACUGGCUGAUUUCUUUCAGAUUUCAACACAUUUUGGUUGGUCUUGUCUUGCCUGGUCUUAUAAUAUUGACUUGCUACUGCAUUAUCAUCUCUAAGCUGUCCCAUUCAAAAGGCCAUCAGAAACGCAAAGCUUUGAAGACCACCGUCAUCCUUAUCCUCGCCUUCUUUGCCUGCUGGUUACCUUACUACAUUGGCAUCAGCAUAGAUACCUUUAUCCUACUUGGGGUAAUCAAGAAUGGCUGUAACUUUGAGGCAAUGGUGAACAAAUGGAUCUCCAUCACAGAGGCUCUAGCAUUUUUCCACUGUUGCCUGAAUCCCAUCCUUUAUGCUUUUCUGGGUGCCAAAUUCAAGACAUCGGCCCAGAAUGCUUUGACCUCCGUCAGCAGAGGAUCAAGCUUGAAAAUCCUUUCCAAAGGAAAACGGGGACAUUCUUCAGUUUCAACAGAGUCUGAAUCUUCCAGUUUCCAUUCCAGCUAACAGUUUUUCUUCUACUGUCUGUAAAGAUUUGUGACUCUUUUUCAAAAAUCCAUUUGGCAAGAUUUUGGAGGAGAAACCCCUCUCAAGAUCAUGUACAAGUUUAUUCCCAGUUGGAAUUGUAUAUAAUUGCUUAUAGCGUUUUGUUGGAUUUCAUGGGUGUAUUUAUGAAAAAUGGACAUGUUGACCAGAGAGAGUGCCUAAGCAGACCUGUGAAAAGGUGCAUGUUUGUCAAAUAAUAAAGAUGUUGGAACUAAAACACUUCUGCAGUACAGUGUAGCUGGUGCCUGAGUUCUUUGUAAAUGAAGUGUUUCCGACAUACCUGUGUGAAAAAAGGCUUCAUCUCUCUGGGUGUUUAGGGCUCUGUCCUACAUUGCAUAAGCUUGUUUUGGUUUACACUAGUUGAAAAUCAUUAUAUUCAGUGGAUACAACCCACACCCUGCAAUGGCAGUGGCAAAAACACAUUGGAUUGAACACAGCUGCCUUGCACCUAGUGGCACUUACAACCAAAGUCUUUUCUACCAAUGCUUUUUCAAAAACAAACUGGUUUGUAAAUCUCUGCCUUGUAGAAUUGUAAAUAAAAACGUGACUAAAUCUC